AUGGCGGAGGCGGCGCCUGGCAAUAUUGUGAAGGAAGGCUGGCUGCAGAAGCGGGGUGAACACAUCCGCAACUGGCGUGACCGUUACUUCAUCCUGUUUGACAAUGGUGAUCUGGUAGGAUUCAAGACGCAGCCGGAACGGAAUAACUACCGCGAUCCCCUGAACAAGUUCACGGUACGGGACUGCCAGAUAAUGGCUGUAGACAAGCCGCGCCCCUACACCUUUACCAUCCGCGGCUUGCAGUGGACUACCGUCAUCGAGCGCAACUUCUCAGUGGACACAGAGAAAGAGCGUGAGGAGUGGGUGGCGGCCAUCCGCUACGUGUCGUCGGCGCUGUCGGCGGGCGGGCCGAGCGCGGCGGGCGCGGGGCUGCCGGAGAGCGACGACCGCGACAUGGCGCAGCUCGGCACCAGCUUCCGCGACCCGCGCCGUAUUACCCUUGAGAAAUUCGAGUUCGUCAAGGUUCUAGGCAAGGGCACCUUCGGCAAAGUGGUGCUGAGUCGUGAGAAAGGCACGGGCAAACUGUACGCCAUGAAGAUUCUCAAGAAGAACCUCAUUAUCCAGAAGGACGAGGUGGCGCAUACCAUCACCGAGAACCGCGUGCUCAAGAAGACCAACCACCCUUUCCUCACGGCCUUGCGCUACUCGUUCCAGACGGCGGACCGCGUCUGCUUCGUCAUGGAGUACGCCAACGGCGGCGAGCUCUUCUUCCAUCUCUCGCGCGAGCGAUCCUUCUCCGAGGAACGCACGCGCUUCUACGGCGCGGAGAUAGUCUCCGCACUCGGGUACUUACACGCCGAGGGAAUCAUCUACCGCGACCUCAAGCUAGAGAACUUGUUGCUGGACAAGGACGGACACAUCAAGAUCGCGGACUUCGGCCUCUGCAAGGUGAACAUUACGUACGGGAGCACCACGAAGACGUUCUGCGGCACGCCCGAGUACCUGGCGCCCGAGGUGCUGGAGGACACGGACUACGGGCCCGCCGUGGACUGGUGGGGCACGGGCGUGGUGAUGUACGAGAUGGCGUGCGGCCGCCUGCCCUUCUACAACCGCGACCACGACGUGUUGUUCUCGUUGAUCCUCAGCGAGGAGGUUCGGUUCCCGCGCGCGCUGUCUGCUUCGUGCCGCGCCCUGCUGGCGGGCCUGCUGACGAAGGAGCCCGCCAAUAGACUGGGCGCGGGCCCGGACGACGCGCACGAGAUCAUGAACCAUCCGUUCUUCGCGUCCGUGAACUGGGCGGACCUGGUGGCCAAGAAAAUCCCGCCGCCCUUCAAGCCGCAGGUGGAGUCUGAGACGGACACUCGCUACUUCGACUCGGAGUUCACGGGCGAGUCCGUGGAACUGACGCCGCCCGAGAAUGAUUCGAGUCUGGCGCGCAUUCAAGAGGAACAGUUCCCGCAGUUCUCCUACCAGGAUAUCUGCUCCUCCGCGCACUCCGCACUCUCGCACCACUCCGCGCUCGCUGACAAGCGCCAGUAG